CCCUGUAUUUCAUUCCCAAGAACCCCAAGAAAAUCACCCAGAAAGUCCCCAUAAAUGAUUCCUACCCGUUUCAGCGCCGCCGUUUUGCUGUUUCUUUCGCUUCUGUUACCGUCCCUUUGCUUGGGCAUCCGGUCGUUUCGGAUUAGAGUGGUCGGCGAGGAUGAUGAGUUCGAAGUACCGUGGCUGCGAUUUGCCGAAGCACCGGACUACCGUAACGGAGCGGACUGCCCCGUGUCGACCGACGGGGAAUUCGGCUCCUCGUGCGACACGUCGCUCGUUCACAUCGCGAUGACUUUGGACUCGGAGUAUCUACGAGGCUCCAUGGCGGCUGUUCACUCGGUUUUGCGGCAUGCUUCCUGCCCUGAGCACGUCUUCUUCCACUUCAUUUCGGCAGAGUUCGACCCGGUGAGUCCCCGGGUACUCACCCAACUCGUCCGAUCCACGUUCCCUUCCCUCAAUUUUAAGGUCUACAUAUUCCGCGAGGACGCGGUGAUCAACCUCAUCUCCUCUUCGAUUCGCCAAGCUCUCGAGAACCCGUUGAACUAUGCCAGGAACUACCUGGGCGACAUACUCGAUCGCUGCGUCGAGCGGGUCAUUUACCUUGACUCGGACGUGAUCGUGGUUGACGACAUUCGCAAGCUCUGGGACAUCCCGCUCAGUGGGAACCGAGUCAUCGGUGCGCCCGAGUACUGCCACGCGAACUUCACCAAGUACUUCACCGACUCGUUCUGGUCCGACCCCGUCCUCUCCCGCGUCUUCGCCUCCAGAAAACCGUGCUACUUCAACACGGGCGUGAUGGUCAUGGACCUGGAAAGGUGGAGAGAGGGGAGCUACAGGAAGAGAAUCGAGAACUGGAUGGAAUUGCAGAGGAAGAAGAGGAUCUAUGAUCUGGGUUCGCUCCCGCCGUUCUUGCUAGUCUUUGGCGGGAACGUGGAGCCCGUUCAUCACAGAUGGAACCAGCACGGUCUCGGCGGCGACAAUGUUAGGGGAAGCUGUCGGCCGCUGCACCCGGGACCGGUCAGUCUGCUGCACUGGAGUGGGAAAGGGAAGCCCUGGGUUCGACUCGAUGCCAAGAAGCCUUGUACACUUGAUAGUCUUUGGGAGCCGUACGAUCUUUACAGAGCAAACGUUCAGACGUUGGGGUCUUCGUCUCCAACAUCGUCUUCGACCUUGGUUGGGAAUUCGGGUUAUUUCUUAUGACGAUUCUUUGAUACAUUGUUCAGUUUAAUUCUUUGGUAGCUGUGUACGCUGUACAGAUGGAUGAGGUUCUGUUGCUUUUCUUUCUUUAUUUCUUUUUGAAGUUCUACUUCGAUUUAUUUCUCUAUUUCCAUUUUUUGGAUUCUAAAUUCUUUAGAACGGUAUUAGUGAUUUGAUUUCUUUGUAUGUAAAAUGUAAUGGGGAAUUUUAAGGAAAGGAAAAGAACAACUCUGUUUUUUUUGAAAAUAAACAACUCUGUUGUUCUU